AUGGCCACCACAAACGAAUUCCCCGCUAGUGAUGUCAACAGCUACGACUAUGUCAUCGUCGGAGGUGGCACAGCUGGCUGUGUCAUCGCCAGUCGUCUGGCUGAAUACCUGCCCAACAAGCGCAUCCUCAUCAUCGAGGGUGGCCCCAGCGACUUCAUGGAUGAUCGUGUGCUCAAGCUGAAGGAGUGGCUCAACCUGCUUGGCGGCGAGUUGGACUACGACUACCCCACCGUUGAACAGCCCAUGGAUCACCUUUCUCAUGCCCUCUUUCACUCUACAGGUAACAGCUACAUCCGUCACUCCCGCGCGAAGGUUCUGGGCGGUUGCUCCAGCCACAACACCCUGAUCUCUUUCCGUCCCUUCGAAUACGACUGCAAGAGAUGGGAGCAGGCCGGCUGCACUGGCUGGUCUUUCGAGACCUUCACUCGCGUCCUGGACAACCUGCGCAACACCGUUCAGCCCGUCCACAACCGUCACCGCAACCAGCUGUGCAAGGACUGGGUUCAGGCUUGCUCAUCCGCCAUGAACAUCCCCGUUAUCGAAGACUUCAACAAGGAGAUCCGCUCCAAGGGUGAACUGACCGAGGGUGUCGGUUUUUUCUCCGUCUCUUACAACCCCGAUGAUGGUCGUCGCAGCAGCGCCAGUGUCGCUUAUAUCCACCCCAUCCUCCGUGGCGAGGAGAAGCGCCCUAACCUGACUAUCCUCACCAAUGCCUGGGUUUCCCGCGUCAAUGUUGAUGGAGACUCUGUGACCGGUGUUGACGUGACCCUGCAGUCGGGCGUCAAGCACACCCUGCGCGCCAAGAAGGAGACCAUCCUGUGCGCUGGUGCCGUUGACACCCCCCGUCUGAUGAUGCUGUCUGGCUUGGGACCUCGCGAGCAGCUGUCUGGCCUGGGAAUUCCCGUUGUGAAGGAUAUCCCCGGUGUGGGUGAGAACCUUCUCGACCACCCCGAGAGUAUCAUCAUCUGGGAGCUCAACCGCCCCGUCCCCCCCAACCAGACCACCAUGGACUCUGACGCUGGUAUCUUCCUGCGUCGUGAGCUUCCCAACGCCAAUGGCUUCGAUGGUCGUGCUGCCGACAUCAUGAUGCACUGCUACCAGAUCCCCUUCUGCUUGAACACCGAGCGUCUGGGUUACGACACUCCGGUCGAUGCCUUCUGCAUGACCCCCAACAUCCCUCGCCCUCGCUCCCGCGGUCGUAUCUACCUGACCUCGGCUGACCCCAGCGUCAAGCCGGCCUUGGACUUCCGUUACUUCACUGACCCUGAGGGCUAUGAUGCCGCUACCAUCGUGGCUGGUCUCAAGGCGGCUCGUGAGGUUGCCAAGCAGUCGCCCUUCAAGGAUUGGAUCAAGCGCGAGGUUGCCCCCGGCCCCAACGUGCAAACCGAUGAGGAGCUCUCCGAGUAUGGUCGUCGUGUUGCCCACACCGUCUACCACCCCGCUGGUACUACCAAGAUGGGUAACUUGACUCGCGACCCCAUGGCCGUCGUCGACCCCAAGCUGAAGGUCCGCGGUCUGAAGAAUGUUCGUAUCGCCGAUGCCGGUGUCUUCCCUGAGAUGCCCACUAUCAACCCCAUGUUGACUGUGUUGGCCAUUGGUGAGCGUGCUGCGGAGCUCAUCGCCGAAGAGGCCGGAUGGAAGCGCGAGCAGCCCCGUCUGUAA